ACUAAAACAAAUUUCCAGACACUAUAUAAGAAGGGGAAGUGUUGAAUACACAAAGACACACACACAAAGCUACAUAGCCAAAAAAACGGCCAAUGAGAGAAACCGGGGAACUGCUGCAGAAGCACCAGAGCCAACUUCAGCUCGAUUCCUCGAAAGUCGCCGGCGCUCCGCCGUCCACCAAGCUCUUAGACGACGAUGGCCGCCUCAAAAGAACCGGGACUGUUUGGACGGCAAGUGCUCACAUAAUAACGGCGGUGAUAGGGUCCGGAGUGUUGUCGUUAGCAUGGGCGGUGGCGCAGCUGGGAUGGGUCGCCGGACCAACCGUGAUGCUCCUAUUCUCUGUGGUCACGUAUUACACCUCCGUUCUUCUUUCCGAUUGUUACCGCUCCGGCGACCCCGUUAACGGCAAGCGGAACUACACUUACAUGGACGCCGUCAGUUCUAAUCUGGGUGGGCUGCAUGUGAAAAUUUGUGGUGCAAUUCAAUACGCAAAUCUCUUUGGAGUGGCAGUUGGGUAUACCAUUGCCUCUGCUAUAAGCAUGAUGGCAAUCAAGAGGUCCAAUUGCUUCCAUGCCAGUGGAGGGAAGAACCCAUGCCAUAUAAACAGCAACCCUUACAUGAUCAUAUUUGGAGUGGUGCAAUUCUUCUUCUCCCAAAUCCCAGACUUUGAUCAAAUAUGGUGGCUUUCCAUUGUUGCUGCUGUCAUGUCAUUUACCUACUCCACUAUUGGACUUGGACUUGGAAUUGCAAAAGUAGCAGAAAAUGGGAAAAUCCUGGGAAGCCUUACUGGAAUCAGUAUUGGAACUGUUUCUGAAAUAGACAAGAUAUGGUUGAGCUUCCAAGCACUUGGGGCCGUAGCUUUUGCCUAUUCUUAUUCUCUCAUCCUCGUCGAAAUACAGGACACUGUGAAAGCUCCACCAACGGAGUCCAAGACAAUGAGGAAGGCUGCCUUCCUCAGUGUAACUGUGACAACAUUGUUCUACAUGAUGUGUGGUUGUUUUGGGUACGCCGCCUUCGGAGACAGUUCACCAGGAAACCUCCUAACGGGGUUCGGGUUCUACAACCCAUUCUGGCUUCUAGACAUUGCCAAUGCCGCCAUCGUCAUCCACCUCGUAGGAGCUUACCAAGUCUACUCCCAGCCGCUCUUCGCUUUUGUUGAGAAGACAGCGAAGGACUGGUUCCCCGAAACUGACUUCAUAAACAGAGACUUCCGAAUCGCCAUCAGCAAAAGGCAAAGUAUCAAGCUCAACCUCUUCAGGCUUAUAUGGCGCAGCGUUUACGUGGUUCUGACCACCCUCAUCUCCAUGCUUUUGCCCUUUUUCAACGACAUCGUGGGGAUUCUAGGCGCUUUCGGGUUCUGGCCGUUGACGGUGUACUUCCCGGUGGAAAUGUACAUUGUUCAGAAAAAGAUACCCAAGUGGAGCGGCAGGUGGGUUGGCCUGCAAAUGCUUAGCGUGGCAUGUUUAAUUAUAUCCAUUGCAGCGGCUGUUGGGUCGUUUGCCGGAGUUGUGACUGAUCUUAAGGUUUACAGGCCAUUCAGGACUAACUACUGAUCAUUUGGCUUGAAAUUUAUUAAUUGCUGUUAAGAUAAUGAAGAAAUAUGUAUAUCUGUAGUGCUGUAGAGUGGCCGGCUCGCAGUUGAAGUGUGUAGUUUAAGAAGUGCUCAAAGUGUAUAACUGUAUAUGAUGAUACGAAAUAUUGUUUUGCUUCAUUGCAAUGCAAAAUUAAUUAAAUACAAAAAAUAAUUUUUCCCCCAUAUGACAGAAAUUCCGUUAUAUUUCCAUACUUGGAAGUUGGAACACGAUACUCCUAUUUCCAAGCCAUAACGCCCAAACUCCAAGGACAUUGUUUUAU